UUCUUCCCUUUUCUUUUGUUUCUCUUUUAUACUAACUACUAAGCUCAAGCUUUAAACCCUUACAGCACAAACCUCAGAAAGGAGAAAGGAAAGAAGGGGGAAAAAGAUGGCUCAUCAUUUGCCAGCCUUAAACCCUCCCAAAAUCCUAAACACUAACCUUCAAUCUAUCAACAAACCAAUCUUCUCAUUCUCACAAACAGCAUCUCGAAAAAUUUCGAAAUUGAAGAAAUACCCAUCAAUCACUUCAUCCACUAUGUCCAGCCAGCAGCAAAACCCACUACCCCAUAUAGCAUUAACCAACAAUGAACACAAGGAAGAAGUCAUGAACGCUAUCAAAAGUUCAAUAUCUAAUUGCCUCUCCGAAACCCAUCUUGAUUUAACUGUACCUGCACUCAAGUCCAAAAUCCGAGGCAAGGUUAGAGAUAUAUAUGAUGGAGGGGAUUACCUUGUAAUGGUGACAACAGAUAGGCAAAGCGCAUUUGACAGAAUUCUUGCUUCCAUCCCCUUCAAAGGCCAGGUCCUUAAUGAGACAAGUUUAUGGUGGUUUAAUAAAACUCAACAUAUUACUCCUAAUGCAGUGGUAUCGGUGCCUGAUCGGAAUGUAACUAUUGCGAGGAAGUGUUCGGUUUUCCCUGUUGAGUUUGUUGUAAGAGGGUAUGUUACUGGAAGCACUGAUACAUCACUCUGGACAGUCUACAAUAAAGGGGUUCGGAAUUAUUGUGGCAACAGCCUUCCAGAUGGCUUGGUGAAAAAUCAAAAGCUUCAAGAAAAUAUACUCACUCCGACAACUAAAGCAGCAGAUCAUGAUGUUCCUGUAACACCAGAUGAGAUAGUUCAACGUGGGCUUAUGACUCAAGCUGAUUAUGACGAAGUGAGUAGGAAGGCGACGAGCUUAUUUGAGUUUGGCCAGCGUGUAGCAUUGGAUCAUGGUCUGAUAUUGGUGGACACCAAAUAUGAAUUUGGAAAGGGAGCUGACGGUAAAAUUUAUUUGAUUGAUGAGGUGCAUACACCUGACUCAAGCAGAUAUUGGAUUGCUCAUUCUUACCAGGAACGCUUUCAGAGUGGUCUUGAGCCUGAAAAUAUCGACAAGGAAUUCUUGAGGCUGUGGUUCAAAAAUCAUUGCAACCCAUAUGAGGAUGAGGUCUUACCUGAUGCUCCAGAAGAACUUGUUUCUGAAUUAGCUUGGCGAUACAUUUUCCUGUUCGAGACGAUAACAAAUUCAAGAUUCAAGAUACCUGGGACAAAGGAGCCAGUUCAUGAUCGAAUCUCGAGAAAUGUUUCACAGGCUUUGUCAUCUUUGCAGUAAUAGCAUCGAAUAGGAAACAUCUUGUACAAGUUUAAUGAGGUGGAACCAAUAUGUUCUGCUCUGACAUUUGGGAAUAAUUUGAAGAGCUGUAUCUUGCAUAUAAUUUGAAGGAUUGUAAUGUCAGCUUGAUAUCAAGGAAGUUAGUCAAUGUUGUAUUGCUAUGUAACGCGCAUAUGAUGCAUCAAUCCCAAGUAAGUUGGGGUUCAUAAAUUUACAAGUUUUAUCCGGGCUUGGGACAAACAAUGUAAGCAAACUCACAUAUUUGGUCGCUAAUUUACUUCUGAACACUUUUUUGAGUGAUGGUCUCAGCAACUGUAUCAUGUUAUUGACCUUAUUCAGUGGAUCUCAGUUACUUGUA